AUGUCAAUGCCAGAGAAAUGUAAAGUUCGUCUUAAUAUGAACAAAAUCAAUAUUUCAUUUCAAUCUGGUGUGUUCAAGGAAGUAAUUGCGGUACGAAAUGAGAAAAUUUCAUUAGAAGAACUUCGUAAUUUGGCGACAAAAUUCAUUCAAAAAGAUCUCAAAACUUUCAUUUUCGUAAAAUCGAAAUUUGAACACAUACAUAAACGAUGUAAUGCAUUAACACGUAUAGCUGAAAACAAAAACUACUCAAGAUAUGGUUUUAAUGAUGCUUUAUCUGAUUAUUUGUUGUUGUAUCACCAUGAUAGCAACUCUGCCAAUAUUCUGCAGCUGAUCACUACAAUUAAUGAUAUCUCGGACGGGAUGCUAAUUGAAGUUGUAAUCGGUUGUAAGUUUCAUCGAAUUGAUGUUGAAGGUUGA